AAGGUUUUUAUGAAUGAUUUUAUGAUGCUCCUGUGAUACGCAUUUGAUAUAAAAAGCCGUGGAUUUGUACUACGGUAUUAUUGUUUUCAUUGACAGUGAAACUAAGGUAAUCAACAAUGAGGACUGUGUUCGUGCUCUGCGCUCUGGUAGCUGCAGUGGCAGUAGCAAAGCCUUUGCCACUUCCAGGACCGCUGGUGCAGAUUCUCGUUAACGUCAACGCUCCCGACCAAUGCCAACCGAUUCCUGUACCACCUCAGCCUGAACCUAAGCCCCAACCAUCUCCUCAACCGGAGCCCCAACCCGAGCCCGUACCAGAACCUGAGCCAUCACAACCAGAGCCUCAACCCGAACCCGUACCAGAACCUGAGCCAUCGCAACCGGAGCCCCAACCCGAGCCGGUACCAGAACCUGAGCCAUCACAACCAGAGCCUCAACCCGAACCCGUACCAGAACCUGAGCCAUCGCAACCGGAGCCACAACCCGAGCCCGUACCAGAACCCGAGCCAUCGCAACCGGAGCCACAACCCGAGCCCGUACCAGAACCUGAGCCAUCGCAACCGGAGCCACAACCCGAGCCCGUACCAGAACCUGAGCCAUCGCAACCGGAGCCACAACCCGAGCCCGUACCAGAACCUGAGCCAUCGCAACCGGAGCCCCAACCCGAGCCUGUACCAGAGCCUGAGCCAUCGCAACCAGAGCCUGAACCCGAGCCAUCUAUACCGGAGCCAGAACCUGUGCCUGAACCCGAGCCAUCGCAACCGGAACCUGAACCUGUGCCCGAACCCGAGCCAUCGCAACCUGAACCCGAACCUGUGCCUGAACCCGAGCCAUCUCAACCGGAACUCGAACCUGUGCCUGAACCCGAGCCAUCUCAACCGGAACCCGAACCUGUGCCUGAACCCGAGCCAUCUCAACCGGAACCCGAACCUGUGCCUGAACCCGAGCCAUCGCAACCUGAACCCGAACCUGUGCCUGAACCUGAGGCAUCUCCCCAGCCCGAGCCUGAGCCUGAACCAGUUCCUGCGCCCGAACCCGUUCCAGAGCCCGAAUCUAUUGAACCUGAAGCAGUUGAGGAGCCCGAAGCAGUUGAGGAGCCCGAAGCAGUUGAGGAGCCCGAGCCCGUAGAGGAGCCUGAAGCUGUUGAGAAGCCUGAGGUUGAAAUACCCGAUGUCGAAGUUGAUCCUGUUGUGGCCCUUCCUGACGAACUCAACUAACUUCAUUCAUUCAGCUAAAAAGUCCUUGCAAUCUUGAAUAGACCUGAAAAUGUUAGACCGAACUCGAUAUUAAUAAUAAUAAAUGCUUUUUAAUAAAUAACAUGUACUCACUA